AUUUCGCAUAAGUGUUUUAGAAUCUACCUUCAUAUGGAUGAAAUUUGUUGUUCUUUAAAAAAAAUUCAAAAUUGGAUAAAAAUUUGAACUCUAACAUUUCCGCAUGUUCGCAACGUGUUCAUCAAUUACCUCUCUUGGACCAUACAGAAAAUUUGGAUAACUCAACUUUGUGGCAAACGAACGAGUAACUGAUUCGCCACGUUAUCGUAUUUCCUUACCUGGUUGCUCGGUUGCAUAAUAUUUUAAAAUUUGGAGUAGAGAAGCGAGCGUGGAAUACGAACUUUCACAGGGGACGCCAUCAAUCCACAGCCACUACUAAUCGCUGCAGCUUACCUCCGUCACUACAAACACGUGAACGGCAAAAACAACACGAGAUGUCAUCAGAAGAGACGGCCCACAUGAUAACAACAUCCAUCUUGGAGCAGUACCAGUACCCCUUCGAGAACGUUGUCUUCGAAGGUGGGGACAACAAGGUCCUCGCUUACUGCGGCGCUGUUAAGGUCUUGGAGGAAUCAGGUGUGUGGAAGCAGAUAGAGAGAUUGGCAGGCAGCGGCACAGGAGCUGUUGUCGCCGCCUUCCUGGCUGUCGGCUACAACUCUCAACAACUCAAAAAAAUGUUUCAACAGGACUUGCAACAACUGAACAGCAAAUGUUGUUCUUGUUGCAUUCCCCUCUCGACCAACAACUCCGUCCUGAAGUUGCUCUCCAAGAAAAUUAAGGAAAGUUCUGGCAACAAAGACCUCACGUUUGCGCAGCUGUACUCGCGAUUCAAGAAGGAACUUUGCGUAGUGGUGGCCAACCUAACUCGUAGUGAUCUCGAGUUACACCACGUUAAGACAACACCUGACCUGCCAGUCAUUCAGUCUGUCCGCAUGUCCCUUGCCAAUCCAGUGACGAACGACAUGGUGAAGGAGAGGAACAAAGCGCUGAAGGUGGAUGACGUGAUGACCGGGGGAGGUCUGCUGGCUAACUAUCCAUUGCACGUCUUCGAUGGUUGGUGGCUGUCGCUGCAAGAAGAUGAUUCUUUCAUGAAGCGCAUGACGCAACUGGCUGACCAGCAACAAAUCAAUCGGGAGAGGUUUAACAACUUCAACAACAAAACAAUCGGCUUCAUAACGAUUGACGACAGAACCAUCGAACAAAUGCUGUCUGCAAAGUUAGUGAAGAACGUUAAUGAAGUUGCCAUGAACAAAAAACCUUACGACACCCAACUUUUUAAAAAUCUGCUUAAAAUUUCAAACGAACGCUCCAAACUCAGCAAACAAUACAAAGACUUCUUGAGUCAGGCAGAUACUUUUACAGAGUUCAUCAAAACAAAAAUGAAUUCUAAAGUAAGAGUCAGCAAACAAGAAGACGCCGUGCAGAUUCUGAAAGAGGCCCGCCUGACAGAUGAUGACGUGAAGCUGUUGUUUGGAACGAAGAAGGAGGCACUGGACCAAAUCGUCAACGUCUUCAACAACAACAACAACGAACAGAAGAUAUCCCUGAAAGAUCCGCUAAAUUUGGAAAGACGUCGAAAGCACUUUGAGUUUGUGAAUUAUCACAUGAGGGACAACCAGAAUGCUCCUUCCAAAAUCUACCAACGACAAGCAGUCGAGAAUCUUCUCCGCGUUUAUCAACUGAACAACAUUUUUGAAAAUGAGAGGAAUGUGGACAGAACGAUCAUGAUAAACACGAAAUUCAUUAACAGUACGACAACGAGAAAGUCACUGAAGGAUCAGGACAGGAUGUUUCUCGAUGAACAAGGUCAGAACGCGAUGAAGUUCUUCUUGGAGGAGCAAACGCGAAGGAGGCCGCUGUUGAAGGACGUCUCCAAUGGUGGAUUUGCACCUGAGAAGGACUCCUACAGCCAUGAGGACCUCAAGCAGUUCAUUGACGACGACAUUUCGGAAGUCAUCGACGAGAAGGAUUAUAUGGAGUCCUACCUGGAAAGAGUUCUUUAA